AUGGUCGAGGGCCCGACACUAUCCUCAAUCCUCUCGCGGGCCGACCUCUGCCGGGCCGUCCCGGAAAAUACCAAAAAAUUGGCGGAAAAGGUCCAACCCACCGAGAAUCGACUAGAAUUGCAGGGCCAUAAUGUAUUUUAUCGGGAAGCAAAACCGCCGGACAACCACUACGCAAAGGCGACAAUCGUCUUCCUUCAUGGACAAAGCUUCUCCUCGACAACCUGGACGGAAAAUGGGCUGCUCUCAAACAUGGCCGCGCACGGGUAUCACUGCAUAGCCCUCGAUUUGCCAGGGUCCGGCAGGACGGUUGGGCCGGCAAUUCCGGCUGAGGAGAAGCCCUCCUUCUUCUUGUCGUUCAUCUACGGGCUCGGCCUGAAACAGCCGAUGGUGGUGGCGGCGAGCAUGAGCGCCCAAUAUAUCUUGCCACUCCUUAAUAGGGAUAUAUUUGCCUGUGUCGUUGGAGUGGCGCUGUCCAACACGCAGGAGUUGGUCGAUGUUCAGAGGCUUCGCACGCCGCUGCUCUGCGUCUGGGGCGAGCGCGACACAUCAUUGGGCCCGUCGUCGGCAAAUAAUUUGAAGAAUUUGCCGAAUUCUAGGUUACAACAAAUCCAAGCGGCCGGUCAUGCGGCCCAUCUCGGCAACCCGGAACAAUUCCAAAGCGUCCUCGCCAAUUUCUUGGACCUCAUCCGCUCCUACCACGCAAUUCCAAUG